AAGGGCAUAUCUGAGAUUUCGAAAGCACUAACACACAGAAGAUUCUCUCUCCCCCAUAAAUAAGUGGUUUCCGAAUUUAAGAAAUCUGAAAAAACCCUCAUUUCCCAAUUUUCAAAUUUCAAAACCCCCCAAACUCCAAAACACAAAACCUCUAUUACCCUCCAAAACAACCCACCUCGAUUUCACUCUCGCCCUCCCGAUUCGACCCAUGGCGGCCACGGGAUCCGAACCCGGAUCCGACGCCGGCGAGCUGGACGAGUUGGAGUGCCAAGUUACCGAAAUGGCGGUGAAGAUUCAAGAGUACCGAGCCACUGUACCGGAGCAGCUCAAGAAGACCUUGCCUUUCAUUAUCGAAGCUCAGAGACCCGUUUUGGCUGAUGGGUCGGAGCCUGGGACGUCCGGGGAUCCGAAUUCGGGACAGAUUGCUUUUGAUAAGGAUGUGUUAGGGGAUCAGACGUUUCAGAAGAUAAAUUUGCUUAGAGACAAAAUCUCUCGUAAUGUUGCUGCAUUGCCGAUUGUCUUGAAGAGGUUGAAGGAGUGUAUGUCUAAUAUUGACAAACUGGAUUCUCAAAACACAUUCAUACAUCCUGCAUUUAAACGGAAAAGGACUAGCUAGACCAAGUUUGCAACAUUUGAUUGGUAAGGAAUACCGAGAAACACAUUAACAGAAGAUUUAUUGUGAUGAAAUCUACAAUGAAACAAUCUGUUGUUGAUUGAGAGGGUGACACAUCUGUUUGAAGAUUGAUUGAAUUUGAUUGGUACGAUGAAGUAUGCCACAAUGUGUAGUUGCUAACAUGUCAUUGUGUUUACGAGAUUUCCUUGUGAUGUAAUUACUCAAAAAGAGGAUUGAAUUGAAGCGUUCCGGCAGUGCCGCAAUGUGUAUUUGCAAGUGUUUCUAAAACGCUCAUAUUUCCGAUAAUCGUUGUGAAUUACAAGUGCUGAAGAGGAGGAAAAUGAAAUGCGCAUGCCUUGUCUUCCUGUUUCCCUACCUUCAAUUAUUUCAUUUUAUUUUAUUUUUUGGUUUUUCCCUUGAUUGGCUUUUUGCGUCUGCCACAUUUAUGUUUUGAAAUCAUCGCUGCUUAUUUUGCUGUGUAUUGUGUAAUGUGUAUGAGGAUUUACCCUUUCGACUGAAAUGAUAUAUCAUAAACUUAAGCCUUUGAUUUUCAAUAGUACUACAUUACCACAA